GCCUAUAAAGCUCUAAGGUCUCACACCGAAAACCCUAGCGCCGAAGAAGCAAAUCCAGCAAACCCUAGAGUCUCCUUCUUCGAAGAUCCAACAACAAUGGCGGAAGUCGAACCAGAGGUCGCGACCGCACAGGUCAAGAAGAGAACAUUCAAGAAGUUUUCCUUCAGAGGAGUUGAUUUGGAGUCUCUCCUCGACAUGCCCACCGAUCAGCUUGUCAAUCUCUUCCAGGCCCGUGCUCGCAGAAGGUUUAGGAGGGGUCUUACCAGGAAGCCCCUGGCUUUGAUCAAGAAACUGCGCAAGUCGAAAAAGGAUGCACCUCUAGGCGAGAAGCCUGAGGUAGUUAGAACUCACCUUCGCAGCAUGAUCAUUGUUCCCGAGAUGAUCGGAAGCGUGGUUGGUGUGUACAAUGGAAAGACUUUCAACCAGUUUGAGAUCAAACCCGAGAUGAUCGGUCACUACUUGGCCGAGUUCUCCAUCACUUACAAGCCUGUCAAGCACGGUAGGCCCGGUCAUGGUGCUACUCACUCCUCAAGGUUUAUCCCUCUCAAGUGAAGAAAACGUUUUCCGUGCUCAAUUAGACUAGUUGCUUAUCUUGCUUUUGGAUGCUUAGACAAUGUUAGUCGUCUUCAAGGUUUUAUGUUUUCAAACUCCGAACCUUAGAUUAUGACAACGUUUGGUUUCUUUGUUCUUGCUUUAA